AGCUUUCUCCAGCAGCAGCCUUUGGCAGAGAUCAAGUGUGAAGACAUGGGACAGAGGCAGAUGAGAUUCACCAUGCCAGAUGAAGUAGCCUGUGGGAGUGUAGACGAGUCAGUGCUUAUCCUCCUUAAACACUGCCAGGAAAUGAAGCGUCAGGAGACCCGGCUCAGGCUCAUUAGCCUGCUGCUGCUGCUCGGCUGUGCAGGGCUCUUCAUUUUUACUCAGCUUCAGAGGAACUCCGGAUCCAGUGGACAACAGGUGGGUCAUUGUUUAGUUCUCUAUCUUUUCUGCCUUUCAGAUCUGUCAUUGAUGUUGAUCUGUGACGCAUUAGAACAAAACAACCUCAAGAGUCAGCAUUUUAAUAUUGUACUUCUGGAGCUAAAGUUGUGAAGAAGUUAAAACCAAAAAAUGCUGCCAUACCAGUUCUUCCUUUCUGAUUCAGAUUUCCCGAUACAAGUGUGAGGCAAGUGCUUUAAAGCAACAUUUGCUGACAAUCAACAAGCUUUGACCAAUAUUUAACUUACUGAAAGCAGCACACAGCAAUGUGUGAUUUCAUUUUAACUCACCUGAAUCAGUGAUUUAUUGGAUGGGAGUGAGUGUACUCUCUGAUACCAAGGCCAGUAUGUAUAUCAUUCUGUUAAAGCAUCCCUGACUCCCAGAUCACCUGUUUAGGUUGAUCGAAGUCCUGAAUAUACACAAAAAAACUGUUAAAAUAAGAGACGCAGAGAUGAUUCCUGACAUUUUCACUCUCCGCAUAUUAAUAAGUGCUGCUACUUCUUAUCUUGUGUCGCUGAAGAAACUCUGAUGACAAAUACAAAUUUCUGAACUACCUUUAGAGUCUGAAGGAUGGUUUUAAAAUGCUGUUGAAGUGCACCAACUUUGGAAGUUUUUCCCCACUUAUUUAGCUCAAAGUUAAACUUAAAUUUAUCGAUGUUUGAUGAAUUUGAAGUGAAAUAUUUAUUUUGAUGUCAAUGAUUUCGGCUUGUGACUCAUAAAAAUCAGAAAUCAAUGGAAUAUUUUCUCGAUCAAUUAAGGCUUUGAACUACUUUGAUUUACUGAAAUGUACCUGCAGAUAAUCUCUGAGACCUGGCACCACAUUUUUAAAAAUCUUAACACCUUAUAGAUCCUGGGAUGUUUUGAGAACAAUCUAAAUGGGUCAUUUUCACUUCUGGAGCGAAUAAGGCAGUGAGUCUUUUGGACUCUUUGAUCUGAAGGUAUUUCCGCUUAUUUGGAAACAUGCCCAAAGUUUCCAGCUGAUUUUCACACUAUGACUUUCUUUUAAAGUCAUAGAGAGAAACUAACAUAAAAUAACAAGUUAAACAAGUUGAUCACAAUCGUAAAUACAGUAUAUCAAGCAAAGAAUCAACAGCCAGGUGUAUCUGCCAUCAAGUCCCUUCAGAAACCCUCCAAGCGAUCCAAUAAAGAUGAUUCUGAAGUUCUCUGCCGACUCUUUUCACCGCCCCAACUUCAACCUUUGGAACAAACAAAGUAAAUAAAUUCCUCAACUCUUCCUUCUGAAGAUUUGAAGAUGGGAAAGGGGGAGACCUAAAAAUAAAACUGCAGAUAAGAAUAUGACAUUGUAUCAGUCUAUGUGCAGAUAAGGUGAAUAACCUACAAACUUGCUCGUAAAGUAGUGAUGAUUGACGGCUGUAAAACUAGUGAUGAGCUCUCAGUGCUCCUCAAGCAUCUAAGAUCAGACAGAAACAUUCGCAACAGAAACAUGAUGUUAGCUCCAGCCCAAAUUUCUGUCUUCUUUUUGAGGUCAAAUCUCUGCCACUUUUACUUCAGCCCAAAGUUAUAUGUUUCCUGUUGUGUUGUGUAAUACUACAAAGAGCAACAAUUAAAUGUGAACAAUUCUGAUCCCGGUUAACCUCAUCGAUCUAGAAGCUGCUAUUUCAAGCACCCAACAGCACUAUCAAACCCCACACCAAUGGCACAGCCACCCAGGACAGUUUCACGGAUUAAUUCUCUGACCCCUCAGCCGAGAGGUGACUGACAACCACUGAGCCACCGCCGCUUCUUGGAAGCGAACGUGUCAUCGCACUGGACGUGCUUCCUCCCUUACAUGAAAUGUCGGUGUCACGUGUGUUGCACUUCAUUGUGUCAUUUUCUGUUUAGGUGAAACAUCUUCUGCUUUCUGUGGUUCACCACAAUCCUCCCCUGACAGCUUUGUCGGUGUAUUGUGUCACAAAUUAUGUUGAAUUACAGUAGGGGGGGAGCAGAUAGGACUCUUGUCUGUAGACUAAAACAAGUCUCACUUUGAUCCUGAGGGAUUUAUAUUGCUGUUAGGAACCAAAAAGUGGAACUGAAAUUCAUUUGCCUUGUUGAAUCCACAAAUCUCAGAAAUACGACCAAUCUAAAAUGUAACAGCAGGGAGGACGUGCAUUUAAGCACGACAUCAAGUUGCUAUGAGACUGGAUGUUAUUAGACAUUGCAUAAUCUAUAAAUGAAUAUUUGUUCAUCUGUUUUGUUUCCUUAGAGCUCUGUGGGGCAAAGUCCAGUCGAAAGCAGGACGGAGUACCUUACAGGUAUGCUGAGAUCAACUUCAUGCUCCAUAAAAUUUGAUGAAUUAAUCUGAAAGUUUCCCUCUCUUUUGAGGAAAACUUAAGACAUUAUUUGGAUCAGGUUUUCUCAUUCCUUGGAGCCUUACUUAAAACUCACUUUUCCACUUUUAUUUUUACAGCUGAUCCACAAAGAAAUACCGAAAGACUGCGCAUUGAUCUUAGUAAGUGUUUUCCCCUCAGAUUUCACAACUGACAGGAGAGAGUUCACGCAUAUUUCACACAUACUCUAUAAGUAAAAGUCAGAAAUUUGAUUCAAAGUUCACAGAAAAACAAAAGCCUCUUAAGAAAAAACAAACAAACUCCUAGAAUUUUUUUAAAGAUGUCAUCAGAUCCCAAAUGAUGCAAGAGGCUUAUAUGUUGAAAAAACAGAAACACAAGAUCCUGAAUCACACCUGUAUCGGGAAAAAAAAAUCCAAAUCCAAAAGCAUCUGACGCAAAACAUCCACCUCCUCAAAUUCAAAAGAAAUUAUUUCAUCACUUUGUCAUAUGACACAGACAUUCAGCUCAGUAGCUGAAGAAUAAUACUGUAUAUUUGUCAUGAGAUGGAAAAGAAGAAUCUGUUUUACACUCAUUAAGAGGUACUGGAGUUCAAAUGACUGCCUUUGGUUCAUAGCCAGUCUGGGAAACAGGCCAAAACCACUGCUGAGUGUAUUUCGUCAGAGCUCUCUUGAAUAGAUCAGCAGAGCUCUGACUUUACGAUGCAUCAACACUGGGAGAGAGAUUCACGAUGUGAUGUUCAGGAAGCUCAAGAUUACCAAAUCAAAGACAUUGCAGCCAGAUGGCAUGCGCUGAUGUCAUCUUCCUGCUGAGGCUUGCCGCCUCAAAUAUCUCGUAGAACGGGAACACAACAGCAGUUCAACAGCCAAAUGCCAGUUUAGAUUAUGUGAGUCAGACUCAGUGGAGGUUUCCACAACCUAACAAACACUGACUGGUCUGUGUGAUGACAUUGGCAUGAAGCCAGAAAUCGGGGUUUCCUGACAUUCAUACAGACCUGAUUACUAAAGUCAGGAAAGUGCAGCAGCACAACCUGAAGCAAAGGAAAAAAAGAGAAAUUAUUGAGGCUUAAUCUGGCACACAGUUUAUGUUAAUCUUAGCAAGAAUAUCCUACUGAUUUACCAUCAUGUCCACCCUGAAUGGUGAACAGACAUGAUUUCAUCUACAAAUCUGGAACAGUAUUCCACUAACAUGAUUUUAAAAAGCUGUCUAUUUUGACUAAAGAUGCAAAUAAUAAAACAACAUUUCAGUUAUUUCUGUUGGAACCGUUGAAGUUAUUGUGCUAUCGGGGUCAAGUGUGCACACAAUGGUCAGGUAACUACUUCAGACUGCCUGAUUCUCUGAUAUACUGGAUAUUUUGAAUUUACAUGGCUUACUGCAGACAUUAAUACUGUACAAUAUUAACUUUUCCUCACAAGUGUUUUAUUUAUUAUUUAUUUAUUUAUUGUAUUUGAUUAAAAAAAAACAACUCAAUAACACUACCAGCAAGUAUUUCAUGCAUAUUGCAAUCUACAAGGUUAUUUUAGCUAAAAAACAAACAUAGAAUAAAAAAUAUGCUGGGCCAAGCUGUAGAUGAAAAAAAAAGACACAUUCCCAUCAGUGGCAAUAUUUAACUCGUUUAUCCUAGAAAUCAUAGUAAAAUAAAUGUUAAACACUCUACUUGUCAGAUUAGGAAGGUAAAAACCUGUUAUCAUUUCAGAGGAUGUUCAUAUUGCUCGACAGCAGCCACACUGAUAAGGCAGCUUGCAGCAUCUCCAGACAUUAUUUAGUUUUUUCUAAUCUGCUUCAUGAGUCCAUAUAUACACCAGUUAUUUCAGAAUGCCAUAAAUUGGUCAGACUGAUUGAUCAGUGUAUCCCUGGCCUCUAACAUUCAAGAGAACAUCAAUGCCUAGCUGCGUGUCCCGGUAUCUCAGUUUGACUUUGAUAAAUUCAACUUGGGGUGAUUCUAGUCAGACUGGUAUGUUUUUGAGAACUUUAAAAUUCCACUUUCAGACUGAAUAAAGUAAUUAAUCUAUAUCUUUACGUCAUGUAAACAUAUUGAGUGACUUAAACUGCAAAGACUCCCUCCUACAAUAACAUGCAUUCAUACCUUUAAUCUGUUUGAAUAUUUAUUUGACAUCCCAUGUACUUCUCUCACCCUACAGCAUCACCAGGUGAUCCAGACAGGAAUUCUUCAAACACUAUUGAAUGGUCGGUCGUGCUGUGUAGCGACGAUUCCAACUAUGAUGAGAAGGAACGUGCCAUUGUGAUCCCUGAGGAGGGAACCUAUCUGGUUUACAUCAGGAUGGCAUUUCGUUGUUAUAACCGAGAACAUGGCUCUGAGAAGUUGCACAUUAAGCUGAACGUACAGAAUAAAGUGUACGACAACCCAGAGUGUUCGAGGAACAAUGUCAGACUCCUGACGAAUGCAGUGGACAGUGUACAGUGCGGACCAGGAUUGUUCAGGACUUUGUCUAUGAUACAGCUGUACAGUUUGAUGAAAGGUGAUCACUUAAGUGUAUCACUUGAAGAAGGCUAUGGACUGGUCACGCAGUCAUCAUUUGGUGCUAUUUUCACAUAAAGAACGGCUUCAUCAACUAUAUGCUUUCUAUGCACAGCUUCAAUCUGUUACUUAAUCUAUAAAUGCAACUUUUUGUUGUUUGCUAUGAUCACCUUGAACAGUAGCCACUGUGGCAUCAUGACCUACUGUAUCCUCUACUAAAUAAUAAAUGGGAACAUUAUUUAUAAAAUAAAUAAUACUGGACCUUGA